CCACCUUGUCCUUUUUAAUUUCAAUUUUUGCAUUAAACUGUAUUACAUUCAUUUAAAACAUAAACAUACACCUUAUACAAUGCCCGAACAAGCUACGUUUGUCACCUUAGAUAACCUGGUUAAUGGCUGGCGGCAGCGCUUUCUAUUUUACAUUGACACAUCAAUCUGGGGCCGAAUCUGGGACGUGGCCGACUUUGCUAUAAACAUUUCCAUUUGCAUUGUUUACAUUAUCAACACAACGUAUGUGGACAGUAACAAAGGUCCGGCAAAAAUCCCAGAUACCAACAGGAAUAUUGAGUUUAUGCUCGCGCUGGUUUUUCUGGUUCAGUACUUUGUUAGAUUUGUGAUUAUCAAUACAAACCAUCGAACAAUGGAGCACAUAGUGGUGUUCUUUGCGUUCGUCAGUCAAUAGCGGCAUUUAUAGCAAGCGCACACAAUGGUCUGUGCGCAAAGCUACAUGAGCGCAGGGUUCAUGGCUAUUUUUUACCCGGUGCGGUUCCUCAGGCUUCAGUACGCCCUCAAAAGGCAGCUGCUAUUGCGGCCACUUCGACAAAAUAUUUUAAGCUAAC